UUGACUUUAAAGAGCAUAAUUACAUUUUAAUCUCAUAUUCCCCCGUUAUCAUUCCAGACACAGAGUCAUUUGAAUGCAGCUCGUUCUGACUAAUGUAAUUUUACGAUACAGUAAUGAAGAGACAGAGCAUGAGCACGAAACUCCCAAUUUAGACGUGACAUUUUGGGCUUCUUUAAAGAAAAGUUUUCCCAUCCCAGUGCUUUCACAUCCUCCCCGGCCCUGCAACGCCAGCGGGUUGGGCACCCGCUGUGAGCAGCACGGAGGGCCGGGCUGGGCAACGCUAAUGAUGUUGGUCAUUAAGGUACAGCCUUAAUGAUUCAUCACUGCCACUGCCCUCAUCCCCAAGCUCUCAAAUCCAGGACCAACACUCCCAGAGGAUGCAUCCAUCCCAGGCUGGGACUGGGAUCGCCGACACCAUAAGCAUCACCCCAAGCUGUGAGCCCACCCUUACCCUUCCGUGCCUCAGUUUCUCCUUUGCAGCUCUAUUUUUUCUGUUGUUUUCUGCCCCUGUCCCUCAUCUUUAGUGCAGGUGAUUUCAGGGGGUGCUCAAAGAGCAGGAAACCAUCCCAGCAGUGGGAUCACAGCAUCCCUACUGCCCGUCCCCAUCCCUCCCACAGCCCCUCCUCACCGCCGCUGGGACCAGGACGGCGGAUGCUCAUUAGGCUCCUGAUUCCCCUCUGCAUAUUAAUUUCACGUCGGGGAGGUCGCCCUCAGCUUUGCUGGAGUGGGAACAUGAGACCAGCAGGAAUAUUCAUGGCGGGGGAUGGCUGUCCCCUGGGCUGGGUUGCAGUGGGGGUCUUUGCAUCACAGUGAGCCGUGGUCCAGCCCUGCUCCCAGUGCUACAUCCCUCCCAGAGCUGCAAUCUCCAAAUUAGCAUCCCUUCCCAAAAGCAGCAUCCUCCAACCCAGCAUCACUUCGAAACUAACAACCCUCAAAUCAAAAUCCCCGCUAAACUGGCAUCCUCCAAAUUAACGUCCUCCAAAACAACAUCUCUCCCCAAAUCCUCAUCCUCCAAAUCAGUAUCUUCCCUAAACCAGCAUCCCUUCUCCACCAAAACCCCUCUCCAAACCAGAAUCCCCCCAAAUCACACUUCUCCCCAAAUCCUCAUCCUCCAAAACUGUUAUCCUCCCCAGAACAAUAUCCUCCAAAGUAGCAUCCCUUCCCAAACCAGCAUCCUGCUUUAAACCAACAUCCUCCAAACCAGCAUCCCUCCCCAAAUCCUCAUCCUCCAAAUCAAUACCUUUCCCAAGCCAGCAUCUUCCAAACCCUCAUCGUCCAAACUGACGUUCCUUUUCAAAGCAGUCUCCUCCAAACCAGCAUCCCUCUCUAAACCCGUAUCAUCCAAAAUCACAUCUCACCCCCAACCCUCAUCCUCCAAACUGGUACCUUCCUAAAUCAGCACCCUCCAAACCAGCAUCCUUCCCUAAACCACUAUCCUCCUAACCACCAUCCUUUCCCAAACCACCAUCCCCCCUAAACCGAUACCCUCCAAACACACAUCCCCCCUAAACCGAUACCCUCCAAACCCACAUCCCCAAAACACUCUCUUGCUAAUCCAGCUCCCUCCAAACUCUCAGCCCUUCCCAAACUCCCACAACCCUCCCUUUGUCCACACCAGGGGUCCAUGCCCCCAGAUUUCCUCCUGCUCAGGGGAUUCGCUGUCCCUGAGCGCCGCCGCGUGCGCUUCAGCACUGAAUCACCUCGAUUACAGAUUCGAUUGGAUGCAAUUUGGGAAAGAAAACAAGGGGGGGGAGAAAAAAAAAAGACAACAGCCCGCCCUCCUUCUCCUUCUCCUCCCCCUGGGAAGGGGAGACAGCAGCAUAAAUAGGCACCAGCACAGCACAGUGCCAGACACACAGCGCAGCCAACGAACGGCAGGGCAGCUUUCCCCACACGCGUGGCAUCGCUCUGGGCACACACAGCAUGGCAGAGCCUUCGCUGCCCCUCUCCUUCCUCUGUCUCCUGGCUUUAUCCUCUGCCUGCUACAUCCAGAACUGCCCCCGGGGUGGCAAGAGGGCUUUGGGUGAUACAGCCCUGCGGCAGUGCCUCCCCUGUGGACCAGGGAACAGGGGUCGCUGCUUCGGACCCGGGAUCUGCUGCGGUGCAGAGCUGGGCUGCUACCUGGGCACGGCAGAGACACGGCGCUGCGCUGAGGAGGACUACGUGCCUUCACCCUGCCAGGCUGGUGGGCAGCCCUGCGGCUCCGGAGGGCGCUGCGCUGCCAACGGUGUCUGCUGCAGUGCUGACACAUGUGCCAUGGAUGCUGUGUGCCUGGAGGAAGGCAGUGAACAGCCAGAAGAGGCAGAGGAGAAGAACCUGACAGUGCUGGAUGGCACAGCUGGGGACCUACUGCUGAGGCUGAUGCACCUGGCCAACAGGCAGCAGCAGGGCAAGCAGCCUGGCCUCUGAGCAGCUGGGAUAUCAGCAGGACCCGUUGUAAA